CCCACCGGCCCCCCCAGUUCCUCCUCCGCGCUCGUGGGCUCCCAUGGCCCUCGGCCCAGCGCGGUGACCCGGGGGGAUGGAGCCCUUCCUCAGGAGGCGGCUGGCCUUCCUGUCCUUCUUCUGGGACAAGAUCUGGCCUGCGGGCGGCGAGCCGGACCACGGCACCCCCGGGUCCACGGACCCUGGCGCCGACCCAGUGCCCGCAGUCGCCGCGGAACCCUGCAGCCCCUUCCCACAGCUCUUUCUUGCGCUCUACGACUUCGUGGCGCGGCGCGGGGAGGAGCUGAGUGUCCGCCGCGGGGACAGGCUCUGCGCCCUCGAGGAGGGGGGCGGCUACAUCUUCGCGCGCAGGCUCUCGGGCCAGCCCAGCGCCGGGCUCGUGCCCAUCACUCAUGUGGCCAAGGCUUCUCCCGAGACGCUCUCAGACCAACCCUGGUUCUUCAGUGGAGUCAGCCGGACCCAGGCACAGCAGCUGCUCCUCUCCCCACCCAACGCACCGGGGGCCUUCCUCAUCCGGCCCAGCGAGAGCAGCCUCGGGGGCUACUCACUGUCAGUCCGGGCCCAGGCCAAGGUCUGCCACUACCGGGUCUCCAUGGCAGCCGACGGCAGCCUCUACCUGCAGAAGGGUCGGCUCUUUCCUGGCCUGGAGGAGCUGCUCACCUACUACAAGGCCAACUGGAAGCUGAUCCAGAACCCCCUGCUGCAGCCCUGCGUGCGUCAGAAGGCCCCGCGGCAGGAUGCGUGGGAGCGACCACACUCCGAAUUUGCCCUUGGGAGGAAGCUGGGUGAAGGCUACUUUGGGGAGGUGUGGGAAGGCCUGUGGCUGGGCUCCCUGCCCGUGGCGAUCAAGGUCAUCAAGUCAGCCGACAUGAAGCUCGCUGACCUCGCCAAGGAGAUCCAGACGCUGAAGGGCCUGCGGCACGAGCGGCUCAUCCGGCUGCACGCGGUGUGCUCGGGCGGGGAGCCUGUGUACAUCGUCAUGGAGCUCAUGCGCAAGGGAAACCUGCAGGUCUUCCUGGGCAGCCCCGAGGGCCGGGCCCUGCGUCUGCCGCCGCUCCUGGGCUUUGCCUGCCAGGUGGCUGAGGGCAUGAACUACCUGGAGGGGCAGCGCAUCGUGCAUCGGGACUUGGCCGCCAGGAACGUGCUUGUGGACGAUGGCCUGGCUUGCAAGGUGGCUGACUUUGGCCUGGCCCGGCUGCUCAAGGACGACAUCUACUCCCCGAGCAGCGGCUCCAAGAUCCCUGUGAAGUGGACAGCACCUGAGGCGGCCAGUUAUUGUGUCUUCUCCCAGAAGUCGGACGUCUGGUCCUUCGGCGUCCUGCUGUAUGAGGUUUUCACCUAUGGCCAGUGUCCCUACGAAGGGAUGACCAACCACGAGACGCUGCAGCAGAUCAUGCAAGGGUACCGGCUGCCGCGCCCGGCUGCCUGCCCGGCAGAGGUGUACGUGCUCAUGCUGGAGUGCUGGAGAAGCAGCCCCGAGGAACGGCCCUCCUUCGCCACGCUGUGGGAGAAGCUGCAAGCCAUCCACAGAUGCCUUCCCCGAGUCCUCACGUGACUCAGGGCUCCGGGCUCCACCAGGCCAGCCCCUCCUCCCUGCAGGGUGUCCACUCGAAGGGAUGCUGGUCGGCCGGACCGAGGGGCCUCUGGCUGUGGGCCUCAGGCACCAGCGUGCAUAUGCAUUUGUGCACCAGGCAGACACGUGGCCGUGGGCCUCAGGUCCUGGCGUGCACACGUGUUUGUGCACCAGGCAAACAUGUGCAGACGGUGGAGGGCUCACGUUCUCUGCGCAGUGUGACACGUGUCCCUGGCGUCUCAAGAGAGACAACAGCACAGGAAGGUGGGGAGAAGCCUCGGAGGCUCUAGGCGGGGAACCCGAGCCCAGCGUGUCUCUUGUCCGGGUCCCCUGGACUCCCUCCCAGGGUCAAGAGCCAAAGGCCCAGUUCUCUCCCCAGUCCCAGCUUGGGUUUGUGGAAGUGACCAGUGCUGGCUCCCAGGCAGACCAUGGUGUUGACCCCACUGGGUACGUGGUGUGUAGGCACGGGGAGGCACCAUCACCUGCCCCUCACAGACACGCUGGCAGCCUGUGCACAGACCCACUCAUGCACCCAGCACUCAGUAAGCUGCGACGGACCCACGCAGACACGUGCACAGGCUCACAUCACACACAGGCUCAGCCCCCAAACGCAGACCCAGGAGCUGGAGCACGGGAGUCCACGUGGCUAGAAAAUGCAGGUUGGAGAAGCCCCCGUGCG